AGAAUAGAUACAGGCCUAUGUAAUUAUAGUCUCACUGAAAUCGUUCAAACUGAAGGGAAAUUCACCUUCGAAUAACUAUCAAGUUCAGCAGGAUUUUUGCAACUGAGUAGCUAGAUUGUGUACAUUGAACUAUGUCAAAGUCAUGGAAAGGCAUUCUUACUUGGAUAAACUGGCGUAAAGCAUAUAUUUGUUUUUUUUUGACUCACAUGGAGAUAUUAGGCAUUGACUGCAAGACGGCGCUGGUUAAGGGCUUUCGUGACCUUGGAUUAUUCACUGCCUGUGAAGAUAUCGGAGAUAACAUUCCCCGCUUCAUUCUGAUUGGUCGCUAAGUUGACUGCCGAAAUUACGAACCGGAGUUGAAUUUGUUUCCAGUCGUGGAUGCACUAGCGUUGUUAAAUGGGUUCUCUCCUCGAAGCAAUAGAUGACCAUGUCGUCGUUUUCAUGUCACUCCCCGCUAUUGUUCUGUUUUUGGUUGCCGUUGGAUUCGUUUGGUAUGCACGUCUUAAUAAUCGUUGGAUUAAUUAUGCGACCACAAAGUACCCGGUCUUCGACGAGAAUUGGAAGUGUGAGCAAUUCCGAUUAUGAUUGCCCGAUAUGUAUGGAAUUCCCUUCACUCAUGAUUGAGACGAACUGUGGUCAUCGAUUUUGUGCUGAGUGUUUUAUUCUUCAUUGGAAACGGACAAUAUAUUCACGUGUUAUAUCCUGUCCUAUGUGUCGUGGACAAGUUUCAACGUUGACUAAAUUAUUCACCACAGAAGAGUCGCAACGUGAGAACACUAGACGAUCGAAAAUUGAAGCAGAUUUACGAUUAUUUAAUCGUUGGCAUUCAGGCGAACCGAUUUCAAUAAUUGAUCGUAUCAAAGACAUUCCAUUAUUUGUUUAUGGAUUUAUACAAUUAUUACUUAGUGGUGAAGGCACAUUCGCUUUGAUGCAAAUCCGUUUAACUUUGUUGGGUUUAUGCGUUUUGUUUUAUUUGAUUACACCUUUCGAUUUUAUUCCGGAUGUAGUUGCCGGUUUCAUAGGAAUUUUAGAUGAUAUCAUAGUUUUAUGUAUAUUUAUUAUUCAUGUCAUCUCUGUGUAUCAGACAAUUUCUUCAAGACGAGAACUGAAUAGCCGAUAAAAAUCUAUGUAAAUCUUUUUCUCCUAUGUACACUACAUCACGUCUGAUUCUGUGUCCUCUACAUUUUAUGACUGACCAUGACUACGAAUGUUUGUGCGAGCUAAAGAAUAAUAUGUACAUAUAUUUUAUUCACUUUAAACAAAUAUUCUCCAUUGUUUUUUUAUCGAUCAUCGGUUGAGUUCAG